AGUGGUGAAAGCAAGUGAACGAAUUAAACACAGAAUCAUUGAUACUAGAAGAUGUUUCUCUUCAUUUGUUUGUUCAUUCUUCUCUGCUGCGACCUGAAUUUAGGCCAGUUUGAGACUGACUCACAAAGUGAACCUGUCUGCCCCGAUUCCUGCGUUCUCCAGAAAGAGUUAGAUGCAGUGAAAGAAAAACUGGGAGCCAUGGAAAAUAUGCUGAGAGACAGUCAAAGCCAGAUCACGGAGCUGAAAAAUCAAGCCAGUGUGAAGGUGAUAUUCAGUGCAGCAGCAGGGGGAACUGGAACCAUUGGACCCUUCAACACAGACACAACUUUAAUCUACAAAACAGUUAUUACAAACAUUGGCAACGCUUACAGUCAAACCACAGGUGUCUUCACUGCACCUGUAGCAGGUGUUUAUUACUUCAGCAUCUUCUACCAUGCUGGAGGAGAACAUGAGGGAAAGCUGCUGUUGUACAAGAACAAUGACCUGAUGGUGAUGACCCAUGAUCACAAAUCAGACUCUGACACAGCUGAUAACGGGGGAAACACAGUGUUUCUGCAGCUGCAGCAAGGAGACCAGAAAGAGUUAGAUGCCAUGAAAGAAAAACUGGGAGCCAUGGAAAAUAUGCUGAGAGACAGUCAAACCAGGGUAAUCAACAGCGAAAACCAGAUCACAGAGCUGAAAAAUCAAGCCAGUGUGAAGGUGAUAUUCAGUGCAGCAGCAGGGGGAAAUGGAACCAUUGGACCCUUCAACACAGACACAACUUUAAUCUACAAAACAGUUAUUACAAACAUUGGCAACGCUUACAGUCAAGCCACAGGUGUCUUCACUGCAUCUGUAGCAGGUGUUUAUUACUUCAGCAUCUUCUACCAUGCUGGAGGAGAACAUGAGGGAAAGCUGCUGUUGUACAAGAACAAUGACCUGAUGGUGAUGACCCAUGAUCACAAAUCAGACUCUGACACAGCUGAUAACGGGGGAAACACAGUGUUUCUGCAGCUGCAGCAAGGAGACCAGCGUGUGUGUCCUCAGUUCCUGGUUUUGUGGCAGGAUGGCAAGGUCAUCAUCCUAAACAUCAGCUUCACCAUGAAGAUGCUGGCUGUGUCUCUCCUUGUUGGUGCCAUGAUAGCACUGACUGCAAGUACUGAAGCUCCGCCAGAAGCAGAACCAACAGUUCCAGAGGAGGAACCUGGAACUGAACUGUCAGUUCAGGAAGAAGACGAACCUGGGACAAACUCAACAGCUGAAGAAAAUGCAGCGGACAAAGUUCCAAGAGAUGCAGAGAAAGGAGAACAUCAUGCUGUCAAGAGGUCCACGUAUUGUCCCUGUGGUUGGUCUCAGUGCGGACUUCGCUGUUUCCGCUAUAUUUCAGGAAGAGCGAACUGGGUUACAGCUCAGAGAGUCUGUCAGAGACUGGGUGGGAGCUUAGCAUCUCUGCACAGUGUGUAUGAGGAACGUUGGGUUCAGCGUUUGACAGGCAACCAAGUAGCGUGGAUCGGCGGCUCUGAUGCACAACGGGAGGGUUAUUGGUUUUGGAUUGAUGGCACACGUUUCAACUAUGCCAACUGGUGUCGUGGGGAGCCUAACAACUUGCAUAGACAGCACUGCUUACGAAUGAACUGGGGAGCUAGAAACUGCUGGGAUGAUGGGCACUGCCACGUCCACCAUGGAUUUGUUUGUGCCAGGAGACGCUGAUGAUUCCCAGGGAAG